AUGGCCCUGGGUGAGACUGGCACUCAUAGAGGUGGCGUGAAAGAGGCUGGAGGUAAAGCAGGGAAGGAUACUGGAAAGGCGAAGGCAAAAGCCAUCUCAAGAUCUGCACGGGCUGGACUACAAUUCCCCGUCGGAAGAAUCCAUCGUCAUUUGAAAAGUCGGACGACCAGUCACGGAAGAGUAGGGGCGACCGCCGCAGUCUACAGUGCUGCUAUUUUGGAAUACCUGACUGCGGAAGUACUGGAGUUGGCCGGAAAUGCGUCAAAAGAUCUUCGCGUGAAGCGUAUCACGCCGCGCCAUUUGCAACUUGCCAUCCGUGGAGACGAAGAGUUGGACUCUCUCAUCAAGGCAACUAUCGCCGGUGGUGGUGUCAUCCCACACAUUCAUAAAUCGCUCAUUGGCAAGAAGGGUGGUCAAAAACCUGUCUGAAAAUAUCUGCCCGGUACAAUAGCCUGAGGUCAUUCGGAGUAUCUUGAAAUGAUUUGUAAAUUCUUAUUAUUGUCGAUAAACUGUCGGGUCCCUUAAGCAUUUUCGGCGUGGAUUUUGCGGAAGUACCCGUUCUUGGUUUCUGGCCGAGAUCUCAGUAUCGAAAAAUCUAUCCCCAGCGCGGCCCGAUAAUCAAAUUCGCUGAAAUGUUGUUGCGAGUUUUGUACUUUUUUAAGUUAAGUCUCCGAUUAGCAAUUUCCUCAACGUUGAUACGUGCAUCUAGAUGAGUUGUCUUGAACGAUGAACUAUUUCUUGAUUGUCUGAGCGCAUUGUUUUGAAGCAUGUUUUUCUCGACUGUUGUUAAAUAUACAUCUUUUUGUACGAGAAAGA